AGGAGAAGGAAAGACCAAAGAUCACCAAAGAUCACUCAGCUCUGGUGGCUCUUUUCCCAGAGAAACAGUCAGGAACAGUGGCAGUGAGACAGAGCUGGACUGGAACGGAUGGCGACGUGUGCCCAUCAACAGGGAUGGAGAGUGGUCCUGGGGCAGGUGCACCUCCAGCCCCAAGACAUGUCCUGCUACAACCAGUGCCUGCCAUGCCGGCCCUGUGGCCCGACCCCGCUGGCCAACAGCUGCAAUGAGCCCUGUGUCAGGCAGUGCCAGAACUCCACUGUCGCCAUUGAGCCCUCUACUGUGGUGGUGACCCUGCCCGGCCCCAUCCUCAGCUCCUUCCCGCAGAACACCGUUGUGGGCUCCUCCACCUCUGCUGCUGUUGGCAGGAUCCUCAGCUGUGAUGGAGUGCCCAUCAACUCUGGGUGCUGUGACCUCUCUGGCAUUUCCAGACGCUACUAGGCAGCAGGUGCCCCAUCUCCAGAUAAAGGUGCUGGAAAAGCCCCAGGGUGACACCUUGAGGAACUCAGAACAUGGUGCUGGGCAGAGGAUCAGUCUUUUGGAUGCUGUUUUCAGUAUACCCAAAUGGUUUUGCCUUUCUUUCCCUUUUCUUUGUUGCUGCCUAUCCCCUUGCCCACACCAUCUCCCCAACACCAACCUGGUAGGGACCAUCUGUCUCCUCUCCCUCCACGGGGCAGGCAUGAUGC